AGUCAAGUCUUGGCCCCGCCCACCCCCACCGCUUGGCCCAGGCUCGGUUGAGUUGAGUUUUCGGCUGAGCUAGAAGAGUGCGGUUGGAGUGCGAGAGGGUCGCGGCCGCGAUGAUCCCACGGAUGAAGAAAUAAUAAGAGGGGCGACAAAAAAAACGGGCAAGAAAGCGACUAUUCCACGACACAAAACAAUGUUCCCGAAAGGCAAAGGUACCCCGGUACCCUCGGAUGGCCAAGCCCGAGAAAAGUUGGCUCUCUACGUCUAUGAAUAUCUGCUUCACAUCGGAGCACAGAAGUCAGCACAGACAUUUUUGUCAGAGAUACGAUGGGAGAAGAACAUAACACUCGGAGAACCCCCAGGAUUCCUGCAUUCCUGGUGGUGUGUGUUCUGGGAUUUAUACUGUGCUGCACCGGAGAGAAGAGAGACAUGUGACCACUCCAGUGAAGCAAAAGCCUUCCAUGACUACAGUGCGGCAGCAGCCCCCAGCCCUGUAAUGGGAGGGAUGCCCCCUGGUGACGGUAUGCCGGGAGGACCGAUGCCGCCUGGAUUUUUCCAGGGUCCUCCUGGUCCCCAGGGCUCUCCUCACCCUCAGCCUCCUCCCCCUAACAAUAUGAUGGGACCACACAGUCAGUCCUUCAUGUCACCUCGCUUUGCCGGGGGCCCUAGAGGUCCCCCCAUAAGGAUGGUAAACCAGGCCCCAGUUGGAGGACCAGGCCCUCAUCCCAUGUUGCCUAAUAUGGACCCCACACGACCGCAAGGUCACCCUAACUUGGGGCCCAUGCAGAGAAUGAGCGGCCCUCGAGGCAUGGGGCCAAUGGGUCCUGGCCCUCAGAGCUUUGGUGGUGGGAUGAGGCCCCCACACAACACCAUGGGUCCCGGCAUGCCAGGAGUGAACAUGGGACCUGGGACUGGUCGACCAUGGCCCAAUCCUAACAAUGCGAACUCUAUGCCUUACUCAUCGCCAUCUCCUGGCGCGUACGGGGGAGCAUCUGGAGGAGGACCCCCAGGGACUCCCAUCAUGCCCAGCCCUGCAGACUCCAACAACUCUGGUGACAAUUUGUACACCAUGAUCAACACUGGACCUGGCAACCGAAAUAAUUUCCCUAUGGGUCCUGGCUCUGAUGGACCCCUGGGAGCCAUGGCUGGGAUGGAACCGCAUCACAUGAACGGGUCAUUAGGCUCUGGCGACAUGGACGGCAUGAACAAGAAUUCUCCAAACAAUUUAAGUGGCAUUAGCAAUCCUCCCGGGACCCCAAGAGAUGAUGGAGAGCUGAGUGGGAACUUCCUCCACUCCUUUCAGAGCGAGAACGGAGGUGGCUCAUGGGUCAAGGAAGAACCGAUUUCUUAUUGUACUCUCCAACCAUGACCAUGAGUGUGUGACGUCCUCCUCCUCCUCCUCCUCCCUCCACCCAGCCUCAUUUGCCAUCAUUCCAAGGAUUCGAACUCCCUCUCAGCCAAAUGCAUCAGCAAAGAAUCAGGGAUCCACACCUUAAAACAAAAAGUGAAGGACAAUUUUCUCCAUAUUUGUCAGCAACCAGCUACUGAAUCCUCUCCCUAUUAGUCCUCCCCACCCUCCCGUCUUUUACAGCAAACAAUUGUUUACCUCUCGUACUUUUUAUUAUGAAUUAUCGCUUGGUGCAGGAAGUGUCUCCCCGCUUUCAAACACUGGAGAGUGUACAUAGACACGUACAGUACAUCGUGAGCCUUUUUCUUUUCUACUACCGCUUCUCGCCACAACACGCUCGCUGCCCGCCUUUACGGAUAGACGCCAGCCACGUUCGCCCCCCCGCUUUGCGUCCCAUUACGGUCAGUCUGCAAAGGAGAGAAGCCGAGAAUAAUGUCACACACUGACCAACAUUGCAAUAUUUUGUUCUAUUUAAUUCUAUUUUGUCCCCCAAGUAUGUCCAAGUGAUCCCAUUCAGGCCAAUGCAUGGAUGGCGAGUACAAACAUACUACCUACAAUAGUGCUGCUUGAAAACAUCCUAACUGUCGUCGCCACAUUGCUGCAUUUAUGACGCCUUUUUAAACCCCUCCUCCCCGCACAUUUUUAUGUCUCGGUCAUUUUUUUGAUACGAUCUUUGACUACGUAUAUCCAAGGCCCCAGUUCUCCAGGGUUAGUCCAAGCGCUCCCAACGGAUUUUAGUCGGCAUCUUUAUUCAACUUAGCAGCAGUCUUGUAAAUGUGAUGAGGAAUUUUUUAUUUUAUUUUUUUGGUUUAUCGUUCCUCCUGUGAACAUUAUACAUGUCUGUUCUACGUUGCCUUUUAUUUGCUUAUAUUUUUUUAUUUCAAAAUUGAGGAAAGAUUGCUUGUUAAUAUAAUUUUACAAUAACUUAUCUGCCUGCGUCUGUUUUUAUUUGUAAUUUAGGUUGGUUUUUUUUCCACUCGCGCUGCAGGCACUGUUGGUAUUUAUUAGACAAAUAACAGACAGUAUCGUUCAACUGAGGCAUGGAAUAAAAUAAAAAUGGUGUUUUAAUACAAAA